AUGGCAGCUUCUCCAACCACAGUCUUUGCGAAAUCACGCAUUCGUCAAGCGGAACCCAAAGAUAUUGAUGCCAUCACAACAGCAAUGCUUGCCUCAUUCGCCUCUGAUACUAUGUGGCGAUAUCGAUAUCUCUAUCGUGAAGAAUAUCCCGACGAUCAUAUAAAAUAUACUCGACUUUAUAUCGAGCUCAUGGUUUCCGGAUCUUUUCCAGACUAUCUAACUAUGAUUCUGGAAGUCGAAGAAGAUUCAAUCUGGAACGUUGCUGCUUUGUCUAUAUGGAAUAUUUCAUAUGCGAACAGGCGUAUAUAUGCAGCUAAGGGACAAGAAUAUGUUACCCUUACACCCAACGCAGCAAUGGAAGCAGCAGGAGUAAAUAAUCGCAAAGACAAGAACCCAAUUUAUGAUGCAGCUUUCCUGAAAUGUGUUUUGGGGGCACGAAAGAAAUAUUCUGAGAUGUUUGAAGGGAACGACCUCUAUCUUAACUUGAUGGGCACUCAUCCAACCUACAGGCGUCGAGGUUAUGCUAGUCAAUUAUUGAGAUGGGGAAUUGAGAGAGCCGAACGUGAUAAUGCACCACUUUCUUUAUCGGCGAGUCCAAUGGGGGAACCGACAUAUCUUGCUUGUGGAUUUGAGGAGAUUGGAAGGGUUGAUCUAGUAGUUGAGGGCGAUUAUGAGAAACAGGAGCUCGUGCAAAUGGUUUAUAGACCUAGGAAAUGA